AUGCAAUCCUGUGAUGGUGCGCGAAGGAUCGUUCAACGAAGACGGGAUUUAAUCCCCAAUCAAGACCAGGAUGCACCAGCACCUAGUGCUGAGAGUUUGCAAGCGCUCGCUGAAGUCAUGGGCGCCGCAGGGUUCGAAGCCUACACGGAGGGCAAGGCUCUCGUGAAGCGUUUGAUACCAGCCAACAGUCAACCGGACUUGGACGUCGUGGAGCACCAAGGUGUCAUCGGUAGAGCAGGAGUGGACUUUCCAGCGUUCCCUACCAUCCCGAACACUGGAUUUAACUGCAAGAAUGUGCCGACUGGAUACUAUGCUGAUCUGGAAACCGACUGCCAGGUUUUCCACAUCUGCGACACGUCUCGCAAGAUCUCGUUCCUGUGUCCAAACGGUACCAUCUUCAGCCAGUCGCACCUAAUCUGUGACUGGUGGUUCAAGGUGGAUUGUGCCUCCGCUCCGGCCCUCUACGAGUCAAGCGCAGAAUAUUACUCAAAUGAGCAGAAGAAAUCCCAAAGGGGGAACCAGAGCCCCACCAGGAAUCCCGACUUGCAACAAUUAGGCGAUACUAAUGUCAGAACUGAAUCCAAACAAAUUCCCAGUACAACUGAAAGAUUGUUGAGGCAGCACCAAAGGCUUCAUAGCGAGGGGGCCGCUAAUACCGUAAAUGUUAAGACACCUAGAAGCUUCCAAACAUUAUAUCCGGAAAUAAAUAGCGACCCUACUCAGAAAACUCAGGCAACUACCAUGUUUGAAAAGAGACGCAAAAAUUUAGUACAAUUAAUUGCAAACAAUUUUGGCAAUUUGCCAAAGAGAACAACUUUGCCGGCAUUUGAAUAUUCCACCCGUAGACCAACGCCUGCACGAGAUUUUGUUGGUAUUCGGGAAAUGCAAGUAGCCGCAGAAACUGCAUCUUUUGCCCAAAACCAAAACCGACAAUUCUUAACUCAAGAUUACAGCAAAACCUAUCGUCCUUUCCCAGUAUACACGCCAAAUCUCUCAAAUGGAUCUGAUAAAACUAAAACUAACCCAACCUUGACAACACUAUACGAUUUUAGGGAUAAAUAUUUACCACAAAGUUCAGAGGAAGCAACUACCAAAAGAGCGUCAUUAAUGUCAUAUACAAAAAGUUACACAGAGACUAUUGAAAAGCAAGAACCGUAUACCAGACCGGGUAUAUCCUCACUCAAGGAAUUCCUCGCUAAAGAAAAAAGUAAAGCUACCUCGGCGACUACUGAAAUGUCAGAGAUAACUGAGACAUCUACUAAAACAAAUAAAAGGAACAGUAACACUGAAGAAAAAAAACUUACUAUUGAAACCAAGAGCAGUUUUGAAGCUGUCACAGUGAAACCUGAAGUAACACAAGAAGACAGUGACUACAUAGAAACAUCAUCAUCGGAUAGAAUUCACUCACAUACUAAUAAAAAUCAACGAGAAACUACUGAAUCGUCAUAUCAGGAACGCCGAGAAAGGUUAAUUAGCAAAUUGAACUUGGAGGCAUUUGGUCCAACAGAACCGACAUUUACAGCGUCACUUACCGAGAAAUACUAUGGGAAUUUACCAAACAGGCCAGGACUUAUAGUUCCACCAUCCCUAACACCCAAAACCCUUCAUUCACUUGCUAUUUACUAUGCUACGGGACUAGACAAUUUUGCGACCACAACGACACCAGAAGAAGUAGAAGGCACAACUUUAUCGUUUGACGAAUACGAAGCUAUGGAGGAAGGUUUGCCUGCUCUCUUCAGCCAACAAACUGUAAAUAAAUACAGCAAUUUGUUUGGGAAUGAAAACAAAAAUGCACAGCUUCUAGAAGAUAUUAAACUCGAUCCAAACGGUACUUACAAUGAAUUGGCUGAAGAUUUAUCUACGCAGAUGAGCCAAAACCCACUGGCCGCUUCCCCACAAAUAAGAGAACUGGCCCAAGUAUUUACUCACGCUCUUUCGGCCUAUCUACAAGAUCCAGUACAAUUUAGAAAAGUUCUUUCGGAUAUAAGACCUACACCGCCCAAUUUUGGCGAUAUGCUCACAACAGACGAACUUUUAUAUAAUACUGAACCUACAACUACUGUCAAUGAAGACGAUCAAGAAAUAUUAGGUUUUUCUGAUGACCAUAAAGUAAGAGUCCCCAUAGUUUCAUUGAGAGAAGGAAAGUCACUGAAAACUAACCUAGAAACAAAAGACUCGAAUGAUUUAACAACAACUACCACAGUUCCAACUACUACGGAAAUUGUUACAUCUCCAUCGACGACCACCACUAUCAGAACUCCGUUUAGGUGCUGUGGCAGAAUAUCAGCGUCAUAUACUACUGCUGCUCAACCUAAAGAACCUUCCUCAACACCAAACCCAUUCACACAUACAGGUGCAGCCCAAGUAAAUAGUUUAUCGAAUAAAUUUUCCGAAAAUGUUAUUUCCACAACUGAAAACAAUUACAGUUUACAGAAAUAUGGUGGAUUCCAAAAUAAUUUAAACGUUCUAAAUUCAACGCAGUAUGGCAAAGAUGUUAAUGCGGGAGAUUUUAAACCAUUUAAUGAUUACACAGAAAUAACCAAUUUACCCUCUGCGUGGGGGGUUGAUGCAACUUUAAUGCCAGUCACGAAUGGAAACAUUUUCGAAAGCAAGCGAAUCAAGUCUACAAUACCAGAAACCACACCGGUGUACUUCACAGAAACUGAGAAUAUUGAACUAGAAAAUGAAGAAGAGCUUCAAAGAGCGCAUAGUCAAUCUUUUGUCACUCCUCAGGGUAAUAGCGUUAGACAAGGGAAAAACAUUAAUUUGGAUGAUUCUAAAAAUAAUUUUAAGAGACCCUCAGAAAAUUUGGAAGCACCUACAACCACGACGAUGGUAGACACCUCAACAGCGCAAACAACAACCGACUUGCCUACAACAACUGUAAAAGAUCAGACGGAGUCAUUACCAACCACGGCAGCCUUUUCUGGCAAUAUAUUUACGUCGCCCGAUAGCGACAGAACUACGUACCAAUUUCCCACCACAUUUGAGAAUUGGCAGAACACGAUCGUAGUAGAUCCCAUUACUUUGAACGAUGGCUUAAGCUCUACUGGCUCUGACCAAAAAGGCAUAGAUCUUGUGGAGCAAUCUAAUAGUUGGUCAUUGACGACUUCAACAGCAGCGCCGACUGAGUAUGCUGAAACCAGUGAAACAACAGUCUCAUCAACCGUGGCCAUACAAUUAUCAGCACUCAGUGGAAGAGCUCAAGAAAGAUACGGCAGACUGCUGAAGGAUUCGACUACAGAAUCACCCCAAGAGUCAACAACGAUCGCUGAUACCGUUGUUGAAAAAGCUAAAGAAAUCAUGGGGGGCAUGAACUCCACAACAACGGAAAAACUAAUGAACGUUAUGAUGAAGACAAAGUCGAAAACUGUUAAGAGGCUUAUCUUGCUACUCAUCCAAACAUGUGAUGACGAUCACAACUCAACAGCGGAAGCAUCCAAAAAGGCAUUACUGGAAGCACUAAUGGCAGUAUCACAAAGAGACAUGGAGGAAGUGGCCAAAGAGCAAGAAGCUACAGAGCUUCCCAGUACAACUGCGAGCUAUGAUUAUUUUAAAACAACUUUGUUCAGCAGAAGGAUGGACAGCCAACCGCUUGGUGUGGAAAGUACUAGGCGAGGCAAAAGUUUGCAGUUCGACGCCAGCGCUAUUAACUCCUUGUCGCAUUCGGCAACAACAGAAAGCGUUACAACUGAACAGAACGAAGCGACAACAUUAAGUCCAACAACCGAGAGCAGUCAAAGAGCUGAAAAAAUCGUCGUUACUAAAACAGCUACUGAUGAUAGUCCAAAGUUACCCGCGGUUAACUGGCCUUUAGCACAAGCUAGGGUUGCGCCACAGAGUGCAAACCCCAAAGGAUCCUCGGAUACGCGAGCUUUGGAACUGCUGAGAUCUCUAUACACAAUAGCCGCGAGAUGGGGU